UUUUCAAAACUAUUUUAUAAUUUAUUUAUAACAGUUACAAUCUUUUAUAUUCACAUUUUAAUUUUAAUUAUCCAUUUGUAUUGCUAAAUUGGUGUUAUUAUUUUAAAAAAUAAAUCAUUCUAUAGUAUAGAAUUAGUAAAGUUAGUGAUUUUUAUAUUUAGUUUUUAGUAUAUUUAUCAAUAGAUUUUAUAGUAUAAUGGUUAAGUGGAAUGAUGUGUGGUUGGAAAAGUUAGACAAAAAUCUAGUGAAAAUUCAAUUAUGGGCUGAAAAAAGAAACUCUGAAUAUGCUAUCUGUAAACUAUGCAAAAGUGAUUUAAAAUUCAGUUCAGUUUGUUUCCAAGCACUGUAUCAGCAUUCUUCAAAACCUAAACAUAAGUCAGUGUCUGAUCUAAGAUUUUCAAAAACUGCUUGUCAUUUAUAUGUAGAUUCUAACAAAAACUCUAUUGGGGGAGAAAAAGUUAUACAAUUAGAGUUCUCUAUAAAUGAAAAAAUUUCUGCUGCAGAAGCCAUGUGGCUUUUUAAAGUGGCAGAGAAUGAUCUUGCCUUAAGACAUUGUGACAACACACCAAUAUUGUUCCAAAAAAUGUUUCCAGAUAGUAAAAUAAGUCAAGGUUUUACUAUGAGUCGGCAAAAAGCUUCUUAUAUUUUGCAAGAUGGUCUUGGGCCAUUGUUGGAAAUACGUUUAUGUAAUAGUAUCACGUUAAGUCAAGGUGCAUUCACUUUAAUGUUUGAUGAAACAACUACUUCACAACAAAGAAAACAAAUUGAUCUUUUAUGUCGUUUUAGGUCAGAAGACGAAAACCAAGUUGUUACAAAAUACUUAACAUUGCUGUUCUUUGGCAGAGCAACAGCAGAAGAUGUCAAAACAAUGCUAGCAGAUUUACGUCAUAAUGAAAGGUUUUAUUUACCAUGGGAUCGUCUUUUUAAUAUUUCAGCAGAUGAUCCUAAUAUUAACAAAGCCAUUUGGAGAUUGUUAAAUGCUGAUCUUCAUAGUAAUGGUUUUAAUGGCUUGUUACCAUUUGUAAGUUGCACUUUGCACACAGUUCAAAAUGCUUUUCGAAAAGCAAUUAAUGUUGUCAGUGAGGAUGCUGAGCAGCUUGCAUUUGAUUUACAUACCUGGUUCAAGGUAAUGAUUUGAGUAAUUUCAUACAGUAGAAUCCCAUUAAUUCGGACCCUGGAUAAGUUGGAAACAAAAGGAGUAUAAAAGACACUGACAAACAACAAGUGUUAUAUUCGGAUUCAAAGAAGUCUUAAGGAAACUGAAAAUGAGUUACUUGUGUCCAUCAAAUUCCUUAUUGGUUUAGCUCCCUUGUUUGAGAAAUACUUGACAAAAUUUCAAGAUGAAGGACCACUUGUUCAUAUUUUAUUUUAUAAAAUGAAAAAUCUUUUAAUAUCUUUAAUGAAAUGUUUUCUUCAGCCGACUGCUGUUAAUGGAAAGCUUACUAAAGAUCUUUUAAAAAUUGAUUCUUCUGAUUUAACUAUCCACCUUGAUUUGAAUAAAAUGGACUUUGGCUAGGAAGCUAAAAACCAGGUAAUUUUUGAUAGGUACACAUUUGCUACAUUUACCAGUUGCACAUUUGCUGCCUGGUAAAUGUGUACUUGGUAAAUAUGUAUAAGUAAGUGUACUAGGCAAUAUAAACUAUUUUGUUUAUUGUAUAAUCAUUAGAUAUUAUAUUAUUGAAAAUUAAGUUUUUUUAUUCAUUUUCAUUGAUGUAGAUUUUCAAUGUAAAUAUGUCUUAGGUGAACAAAAUAUCAUGUGAAAAAAAAAGAUAUAUCUGCUUACAGCAAAUGAGAGAUGGAUAUAUAUCUGUUGCAAAACACUUGCAAAAAAAACUUCCACUUGAUUCGCAGAUAUUAAAAGAUAUGACUUGUUUGGGUGCUCAAAUGAGAUCAGAACCUUGGACUGUUAAUGCAAUUGGGAGAAUAGCAGUAAUGAUGCCACAUGUAAUUACGGAAAGGGAGGUAUCAUUUAUGAAAGAUGAAUGGAAAUUAUACCAAGCAGCUAAUAUAUCAAAAGACUGGUAUAUAGAUUCUGAUACAAAAAAACUAAAAAGAGUAGACCAUUAUUGGGCUAAAGUUUUUGAAAGUAACAAUGAAUAUGGAAAAACAAUGUAUGGGCAUUUUAGUAAAGUUUUUAAGAGCUGUUUAACAAUUCAGAAUGGAAAUGCCAGUGCUGAGCGAAGUUUAUCUGAUAACAAAAAUACAUUGACUCCUGGGAAAGUAAAUCUAAAUGAUGAAACAUUAAUGGCUUUGAGAAUAUCAAAAGAAUAUGCAAGAAUUUGCAAAGAAGCCUAUAAUGUUGAUGCACUCUCCAAAGAUGUUGUUCAAGCUGUUCAAAAUGCUCAUAAAAUAUAUAAAAAAAGAAAAGCUGAAAAAGACAAAGAAAAGAGAAAAAAUUAUAUUCAUGAGCAAGAACUAAUGAAUAAAGAAAAAGAACAGAAAGAAAUGCUUGAAAAAGUUGAAAAUAAAAAUAAAAAUUUAGAUCAACAGGAAAAAAGUCUAAAGAAUGAUAAAAAAAAUACAGAUUUUGAGUUUCAGCUUGCUCAGAGAAUGCUCGAUGAAGCAGCAAAAUCUAUGCAAAGUGCCAUUAUUAAGGAAGACAUGAUGGGUAUAAAAAUUGCCCAUGAAAUGAUAAACAGCGCAAAAAGAAGUCUUGAAAAUGCUACAUCUCAUAGAAAUGAACAGAAAAAGUUGAGAGAAAAUAUUGGUUUAAAACGUAAAAGUGAAAUGGAUAGAAUAAUUAAGCGUUGCAAAAAAUUAAAGUAGUCGUAAAGUUUGAAAGUUUUUGUAAAUAUAAUAGAGCUUGAACUGUUGGUUCAGUUAUAAUUAGUUAGCAAAAUUUAUUUAUUUAUGUUAAUUAUUUUAGACUUUAGAAAAACAUUUUAUUGCGUGUUAAACAACAAAAAGAUGUUGAGAUUUUCAUUUUU